GGUGCGGUCUUGGACCGAAUCGUACGGCAACGCUGCACGCUGUUCACCGGUGGUCCAUCCAGAUGAAGGGCGUAAUACGUGCGUAAACGUGGAGCGAGCGUUCGAGGCUUACUAUUGGCCAUGCCGUUUAGGGAUGCUUUUGCGACAUACAAUGACCGAGGCCGGGAGGCGCGAGGCCACUUCUAGCGCAGCGCUUGGCACCGCCCAAGUGCAUUUGCUGAACGCCUGCUUCGUAUGCACCGCGAUGCGACUCGUUCGACCGUGGGACACUCGGCUCGCCCCAGCAUGGAUGCCGCAGCAGGACCUGCAAGUGGAAACGAGCCAGGUUACUAAGCUAAGUCGCGCGAAACCAGGUCACAAGGCUAGCAUUUCUCGCUCACCGUUUAGGAAAAUGCAGAGUGGUGAAUGUAAUGCAGCGUGCAGCCGUGCAAGUGGGCGAAUGACAAGCCAGGCGCGGGCAUGGUUUACGCGCGAGACGAAGCGCCAGCUCCGAGUCCCGCUAGGCAGAUCGCCCGGGAUCGUGUGCAAAUGUCACCCGCGAAGACGGGCCAUCUCGUAUGUCGUCGCAUCGUCCCGCGCUUCGCUUGGUAGUCGCAAAGCAUUGCGAGUGCAUUGCGCAGUGCAAUUUGCGACGCUAUCAGCCGCACGAAGCGGCCAAACCAGGAAAGGACACCCGAGUAGUUGGGUCUGAGGUACCGAUUGCACACGUUGUUUUUGCACCCGAUUGUUGCCUCUUUGGGGAAGUAACGCGCGCCGUGCUCCAUGUGCAGAAAACGGGCAAUGCGGCGGUUUGGCGGCGCAGUGGAGGCCGCAUACGUGCAGCUGCCGAGUAUAUAUGGGCUGCCUUGAACCCUGCCCUUAUCACUCUUUUGGCCAAUUUGCGUCAGGACAUUGCUUGGAGGGAAAAUUGCCCGAGUGCUAAUGGUGGCCGACCGUUCAG